GAAGCAGCAGCAAAUAGACGGAGGAAUUUGUAACUAGAAAGAUCAAGAUGGGACUUGUGUCUAUUCAUUCGUUUUUAAUAAAGCGCAUGACAGCAGUAGCUGAAGAAAUAUUUCACGCUCUCAAAGACAAUAUCGUUGAAUAUGAGCAGGAGCUUGAGCGCCUGAGGCGGGAGAACUGUUGUCUGAGGAGCGCACUGACUGAAACACACCAUGAUACUCAGCAAGAUGGAGUUCUGCAAGGUCCAGUGGGUUCAGAGCUCUCAGAUAUACAAGUAAAGAUGGAGGUUGCCACUGUGAUGUCCCAUGAGCCUUUGACUCAUGAAGCUUCUACCACUACUUUGCACCUUUCUGAAGAUUUUAAAUGGCAGGAACCUGAUCAGUCCCUCUUAUUUGUGCCGAAUGUGAUGUUGAAGAAUGCAGAUCUGCAGUCAUCCAUCACAGUUAAGUCAGAGCAGUGUGAUAAUCAGACUGGUGAAUCAAACUCAUCUGCAGUGCAGUCUGGAAGCGACUGUAACGUUGAAAUUCCAGCACUCGAACAAGACCCUCCAUCUCCGCAACUUUACAUCGAAACUUCUCAUGAGGUGGUACAAAAGGCAAAUAAAAAUCACCACAACACAUCAGUAUGCCAAAUUUGUAGCAAGUCUUUCAGCACCAAAGGAAGUUUGCAGAGACACAUGCUGGUGCACAAGAACAUGGCGCGUUUCUGCUGUGGCUCAUGUGGGAGUCGUUUUAAAUCGAAGCUCCACUUGAAAGACCACGAAAGACUCCACACAGAAAGACGAUCAAAGAAUCGGACCGAAGAACCAGUGAACUCAUGGCGCUCCCACGUGGAAAUAACUCUGCAGCCGGACAGUGUACAUUUGAAUGCAAACUCGCAGCAAUCUACUAGAUUAAGUAUCCCUGCUCAGGGCCCUGGAAAAUUUCCUUUUCAUUGCAAGAUAUGUGACCGGCCAUUCAGACGUCAAAAGAGCAUGCAAAACCACAUGCUUUUGCACCAAGGUGAUCGAAACUACCCGUGUAUAUUUUGUGGCAGAAGGUUCCUUAAGAGCUGGCAUCUCGCAGAACAUUUAAGAAUUCACACUGGUGAAAAACCAUUUGGGUGCAAUAAAUGUGGAAAGAUGUUUGUUCAGUGGAAUCAGGCAAGAUCACAUAUAAUUAAGCAUCAUGAAGGAGAUAUGUCACUGUUAUCAAAGGAAAAAACCUAAACCUGUAAAUUUUUAUUUGUUAUUAUUACCACCUCUUUCGCAAAGAAAUUAGAAUAGUAAUUCUAAUUUUAGAUUUCAAA